AUGGCCAGUGGAGGGCCAAUGUCCCCCGGGCAAAACUUUUUGGGCUGUAGCAUUUCGGUGAAGACCACCAACGGCGAUACGUUCCGAGGCGAACUUUUCUGCUACGACAUAUCUGAUUCCAAUUCGAUCGUUCUGCGAGAGCUCGUUGGUAAAGAUAAGUGUACAUACCAUUGGAUAAAGACGAAUACUAUUCGUGACAUCAAAGCACUGAAGCCGCCAACUGCUACUGACUCUCCGCUCCCCCACAUAGACCUCAAGGCGCUUCAAGCGCAGAUGACCGAUGCUGAGCAUAACUUCCAGGAUACUCGGGAACGUUAUGGGGUCGGUGUAACACAACUUGCGCAGACUGUGUUCGACCUUAUGUCGAAGACAAUGCCGUGUCGAUGGGAUGGCCAAGAUAUACUAUGCUAUACUGUCCGUAUCAAGAGCCCUUACCAAGCUGCCAACUGCACAGGGCCGAAUAGCAGUGAGCUUGAUCGAGUAAAGAAGGUUCUUGAGCUGGAGCGGUUCAAAAUGGAGAAGGAAGAGAAAAAGCACAGUAAUGUGUUACAGUCUGAAGCUGUAUAUACUAAUGUUUCUCGAGGGGAUCGGGCACUGGCUAAAGACUUGAAGGCGUGUUUUGGUACUACGGAUCAGAAGGAAAUCUGUAAAGAGAUCCUCAUGCAUGGCACGCUACAGAUCACUGGCACCGAGAGAGAAUUCUUCCACGAGUCUCGCACUAACGAGGUAAUUACACAGCUAGCCGAGAUGUGUAUCGACUCGAGGACGGGAUUCCCCUUGACCAAGGAUCAGAUAUCCUCAGCCCUUCAAGACAUCAACUACCAGGUACGAGUGGGGGCUCAGACGAUGACAGCGUUGAACAAGAGUAAGAAGGAGGUUAAUGAGGCUAAGCUGCAGGCUAGGGAGGCAAUGAAGGCCUUAGAGGAGAAGAUGCCAGAGUAG